AGGAAAAGACAGAGAUCCGUCAGCUAUGGCCAGCAUAAUCUACUUAUCAGUAUGCCUGUUGGCAUUAAGUCAACUAACCGUUGGAAAACUCUUCAGAGAUUGCGAUCUUCCAUACUUGUUGAUGAACCUUUGACGGUACCCAUUGCUCUUCAAUAUAGUUUCAAAAAAUUCAAAUUCUUCCUCUAAUUUCUCUGCAGAGCAUAUUCUCCUCGCUCUAUAGUAGAGAGCGUUUAAAGCUAUUUGGACAAAAGCUAUUAAAAUGUUCUACAAAAGGCUCCAUAGUUUCAAUGACUGUUACACCAUGCGAUACAAAACCAUGUUCUUUAUAUAAAGGCAAAAAUGCAACCAUCACAAUUGACUUUAAAACGUCAUCUGCUGUGACAAAAGCAAGUGCAAUCGUCCAUGGAAUACUUUCACACAUACCAGUACCAUUUCCAUUAGAUAAUCCUGAUGUCUGCAAAUUCGUUACUCCAUCGUGUCCUUUGAAACCAAGUGAAGCAAAGUACACGUAUAAUUAUACAAUGCUAACUUCAACUUCAUAUCCCUCGAUAAGAGUGGGAAUUAAGUGGGAGUUACAGGAUGAAGACGGCAAUGAUAUUGUUUGCGUCGAGUUCCCAGCGCAAAUAGUUUAAUUUUCUUUUCAUCUUUGACUACUUAUUUGUGAUUUAUACCUUUGCUAUCAAAUAGAUUCAGUGUGAUCCAAUUUUCUGAAGAUGAGUAUUUUAUUAUCUGUUGAAAAAACGCUAAUUUAUUUUUUCACGAGUAGAUGCUAGUUUCGUUUUCUUAGUGGACAGUUUAUAGUCCACAUGUUGAAGUAAAUAUAUAAAAGUGACAUUUUAACUUAGCUUUCAGCCAAUUCACAAGUUUUGUAUUAACUGGAUUAACCAUAUUUCAUCAACAUGAUAGACAGCAUUAUCAAUGAGGACCUCGUGAAUUUGUCAGUUUCCUUUAGAUGACCAUCAAAUAAGACAAUACUGACAUCUCCAUGACCUUGAAUAUGGUUGGUUCUCC